GUUCUUUUAGUUGACACAGUGGGUUAUCGCAGUGAUGACUAGAUAACCUCAAUUUUUCGAUAUUUAUUUUUCAUAUUUCUUCAAUGCAAAGCUCUUUUACACUCAGGUCUCUUGUCAUGGACUCUAUCUGGGUUGUUUUCUUGAUACUGUCCCACAUGAUCACUAGACCUGGUCUCACUGAGGCGAAAGAAUAUAAAUGCGUAGCUAUUUGCCCGCCUGGGUUCCAUAAAAAUGGUUCUUGUAAAAAUGGAACGUUUACCUGCACAGAAUGUCCUUCAGGGACAUUUACUUCCAUAAGCAACACUCGUGAUAAAUGUGUGCGUUGCGGCAAUUGCGGUCGUCCUAAAGACGAGAAACAACCUUGCACUACGACUUCUAAUGUGGUGUGUAACUGUUCAGCUGGAGAGUAUUCAAAGGAGGGUGGCUGUGAGAAAUGCUCUUCUACAACUGGUGAAGAUACCAGCAAUAAAGAUUAUGUGGACAAGUGCCUGUCAUGCCAAAGUGAAUGGUGUAAGAAAAACCGAGAAUGCUGGAAAAACUGUUCUCUGGCAAACACACCAGAUAAACCUGUGAAAGAUGAAACGAAGACUCCUACUACAAGUACAACUACGAGAACAUCUAACCCUAUUGUCGAGAAAGUGGAGAAAGAUCAUAACCACUUACCCUGGAAUUAUUUGCUGGGGGCUUUUGGAACACUUCUGGCGCUGUUGUUGUUGCUACUGCUCCUCUGUAACCUGCUCAGAAAGAAAGAUGUUCUUCCCUGCUGGACCACAAAAAAAGAUUUGGGAAGACAGACCCCAGGAAUCAAUGAACCACACAGUCAUCACUGUAGCAGCCCGACCACGCUGACAUUUGGUAUUCAUGAGGAAACUCCCAUGAUGCCCCUCUGUCAGGAACCAUCUGCUUAUAUUAACUGCUACGUGCAGCGGGCAGUUCCGGCGGGUGUUAGGCAGCAUGAUUACUCUGGUCGGUGGCCUGCCAUUGUGCUCUAUGAAAUCAUCAAGGAAGUUCCACUGCGUCGAUGGAAGGAGUUCCUGCGGCUGCUCUCUGUGCCCGACCAGCAGAUGGAGCGAGUGGAGCUGGAGACCACUCUGGGAUCCAUGGAGCAGCAGUAUCAGAUGUUGAGGCUGUGGAGCCAACGCUCCUCUGCGAGCCUGAAAGAUGUUUACUCCUCUCUGCACCACAUGGAUUUAUCAGGCUGUGCCCAGCAGCUGCAGGAGAACCUGGAGAGGCUACAGUGGAAGCCAGAGGUGCUGUAGGGCUCCUGAUUCUGCUGCUGCAUCAGGAAUGAGUACAAAUCCAUCUGUAAUACAGAUGGAGGAGGGAACAACAGUUCUCUCUGGGUGCCCUCGCAACAUUGGCAGUUUGUCUUGGAAAAGUUAAAGGACAACUGCACCGAUGUCACGUAUUUCAUGAACUCUGUAGCUGAAUAUAAUCAUGAAAGCAGAGGUGGGUUUUUAUUGACCUGCCAAGAGUUUAAGUAUUUUUCUGAGUAUUUACAUCCUCUAGUAAACACCAAACACAUACACUGCGCACUCGAAGGAGAUUUGGUCGAGAGCAGAGACUAAAGGAAAAAGAAAGCAACCGCAGCAGUUCUUAGAAGCUAUUUGUUUCUCUAAGUGUUCAUGAUAAUUCUCCAGUAAUCUAUUGUGAGAUGAAAAAAAUAUUUCUUUCAAUUGGGGAAAUGCCUCUCUUUAAGUUGUAAAUUUCUGCCUUGAAACCCUCAAACAGACACCACUCUACCUCUUUUUCUCUCAUGUGGGCAUCAUUUAUAGUCCAAAAGCAGAGAGUUGUGGUUUUACAGCAACACGCUGACGUUCAUAUAUGACUAAGACUUGCAUGCUCUAAGAGUUUGCUGAAAGGAUACAUUUCCUGCUGUAGUUCAGCUCCUGAGGUUGACCUUUAGUUUGUUUGGUGUUUUGACUAGUUGUAACAAAGACUUUAUCAGUUUUAUAAUUUCUAAUGCUCAGAGAUUUUGACUCCGUCUGUCAUGUUUGAACAACAUGGAUGCAGAGGCAUUCCUUCAGCAGGAAAGUCUUGUAGUACAGCACAGCCACUGUGGCUCACCACUUAAUGAAGGAGAUGACUGAAAUCCCCGAAGGACGUCAGAUUUUCAGUUUCCUGCAACUAAAACGGUGUCAGUGUGCAGUAGGCUGGGUUUUUCCUCACCACGCGUAUUCCAUUUAAAGUGAUAGUUGUACCUUGUGGUGUUUAAGUAUCUCAGUUUGAGAGUUUUUGUGUGUCGGUUCAGUUUAUUCACAGGAAAGGAAACAAACUUUCCAGUUCCAAGGAGGUUAUUAAUUCAUGUUUGCUUCCAAAUGUGUUUUUGAUCCUGAAACCUGUACAUGAGUUUAUAUUUUGUAGAUAUUACAUUUUUUUGUAUUUUAUGAAACUAUUUAUAAAUGUUCUUCCAAAUGUUUUCUAAUUUAAUUUUGAAUGUUUUAGGAUGUAAUAUGAUAAAGCAAUAAAGGGGUCCUGUAAUAAAUCAUGUCUAAACAGU